CACAAGUCCACAGCAUCUCAAGCCACCAUCGAUCUGCAAGUCUCGCUACGUAGCAGUGCAAUAAAAAAAGCAGCCGCAAUGGCGAGCAGCACCAUGGCCCUCUCCUCCACGGCCUUCGCCGGCAAGGCCGUGAACGUGCCGUCGUCGUCCGCCUUCGGCGAGGCCCGCGUGACGAUGCGCAAGACGGCGGCGAAGGCCAAGCCAGCGGCGGCGUCCGGGAGCCCGUGGUACGGCCCCGACCGCGUGCUGUACCUGGGCCCACUGUCCGGCGAGCCGCCGAGCUACCUGACGGGCGAGUUCCCGGGCGACUACGGCUGGGACACCGCGGGGCUGUCGGCGGACCCGGAGACGUUCGCCAAGAACCGGGAGCUGGAGGUGAUCCACUCCCGCUGGGCCAUGCUGGGCGCGCUCGGCUGCGUCUUCCCGGAGCUUCUCGCCCGCAACGGCGUCAAGUUCGGCGAGGCCGUGUGGUUCAAGGCCGGCUCCCAGAUCUUCAGCGAGGGCGGGCUGGACUACCUCGGGAACCCGAGCCUCAUCCACGCGCAGAGCAUCCUUGCCAUCUGGGCCUGCCAGGUCGUGCUCAUGGGCGCCGUCGAGGGCUACCGCAUCGCCGGCGGCCCGCUCGGCGAGGUCGUCGACCCGCUCUACCCCGGCGGCAGCUUCGACCCGCUCGGCCUCGCCGACGACCCCGAGGCCUUCGCCGAGCUCAAGGUCAAGGAGCUCAAGAACGGCCGCCUCGCCAUGUUCUCCAUGUUCGGAUUCUUCGUCCAGGCCAUCGUCACCGGGAAGGGCCCGCUCGAGAACCUCGCUGACCACAUUGCCGACCCCGUCAACAACAACGCUUGGGCCUACGCCACCAACUUCGUCCCCGGCAAGUGAGGGAGGCGCCGCCGGUGACCUUUAGGUGUCCGGAUGCAUGUGAGCGCACGCUGGUUUUCGGUUUGUACCAUGAUGUAAACUAUUGUUCAAUCGACAAGGAAUAAUUGUGUUCAUUGUCAUUAUUUUUCCCCUCUCUUUUUCGUUCCUGCCGAUUUUAUCUAAAUCAGGUGUUUG